AUGCUUGAUGGCUUCAAGCCUGCGAAACGAACCCCAAUCUCUGUGCCCGCUCCUAAGUUUGCGUCUGCGUUCGACGAUCCACACAAGUCGAAAUUGACAAGCAAAGAUCAACCUCUUCGUGCGCCCCCUCCACCGGUCUCUCUCUCCUCCUCUGCUACCACGCGCCCGAAUUCUCGUUCUUUGCACCCUCCUCUGUUACCCAUCCGUCUCCCCUCUCAGCCUCAAGCCGGACCUUCCAACGCUGCCGUUCGUGCCCCUGUUACUCGAGAUAAGCCCGUGCACAUCUUGCGACCCCCAGACUUCCAAAUCUCCCCGAAGCCCACGACGAAGUUCACAUUACCAUCUCAUCACAAGUCUGGUCCUGCUCGCCCCAUGAGAGUCAUGCCUGUGCCCGAGCUCGGCGAUAUAUUCCUCAAACCCCUUGCCCCAGAGCCACAGAAACCGAAACGGCGUAAGGUCAAGACGAUCACGACGACGCGCGUCGCACUUGCACUGGACCCGCUGACUGAAGCUGGCUCCGAAGAGCUCAUGGCGCUCAACCUGGAGCUGGCUGCCACGGCAUACCUCAGUCCGACCGCGCGUGAGCUCAACCGAGGACUCGGCCAGAGUCCCGAGAAGGCGUCUAAGAAAAAGACUGCCAAAUUCCUCAGGGGAGGGCUUGCGGACCGUGCGCAACAUCUGUUUGCGCAGCAGAGGACGGGUCUCGCGCUGUGGCAGAAAGACAUGGAUCUCCAAGCCCAGCGACCAGGAACACAUCCUCGCAGUCCCCCAGACCUCUCUCUCCGGAUCAUAGACACAGUGCACAUUACAUCAAUCGCCAGUCUACAACGCUCGCAGACCGUGCCGCGGCUCUCUAUUGUCCGCUGUGCGAAGCUUCUCAAGGGCAGCGCUGUUGGCGAGAUCACGGUGGUCCUCGACUUCGGCAUUAAUGGCGCCACGGGGUCCGAGGCCCGUACCCUCGAAGACGCCAAGGGUGGGCGCGGGCUCAACAUCUGGUCACCUUGGAACAGCUCCGACCGUUCCGCCGAGGAGCUGCGGAAAUACGGGGUUCUUCCUAAAGACGGUACUGUCUUGUUUUGUACUCGGUUUCGAAUAAUAUGA